AUGAUAAUGAUAAUUUCAAUCUUGAGAAUCAACUGCGGAAACGACAACGACAACAACGCCAGCAGCAGCAGCGAAGGCAAUGCGGUCUUACUCAGAACAAAGUCGUCCGCAUUCAUGCACGCUCUCUAUGGCAACUUAAAGUUGGAUCUCAGCCCGCAGCAUCAUCCACUCUCCGUGUCAGGGUUAGGGACGCAGACUUUCUCCGCGCAGCUGCAGGUUCAAGGCUGCUCGUUGGCUGCAUUCACGACGAUCAAUCAAGCUGCUUCGAGGAUGGCGUCUGAACACACUGAAUCACAAUUAGUCGGAAUGCAUCAGGGUGGCCGCGUGCCACACAGGAUGAAACCUGAAUUGAGCUCCCAACUUCUGCCGCAGCGAGGCCUGCAGUCGGUGCAGGUUCUGCGACGGGAAAAGCAGUGCCUUGCGCUCAUGCGAUGUCAUGGCGGCGAUGCUCCUACUUGUGAGAGAGGACCCCCUGACCGACGAGCACAGGCAACGAUGGUCGGGACUGCUUUGGUCUCGACGCCUUAA